AUGGAAGGCAGCGCGACUCAGGCACAGAUUGGUGCUUACCUCGUAGCCCUCAAGCUCAGCAAACUCGAUGCUGAUCCUGCGAUUGUCGCUGCCUGUGCCAUUGAAAUGAGUAACCAUGGCCUGCCUAUUCCUUUCGAAGGUAGCCAGGAAUUACAAGAGCAGCUCGUCGAUAUCGUCGGCACCGGCGGCGAUGGACACGACACCUUCAAUGUCAGCACAACCGCCGCUAUUGUUGCUGCUGGAGCAGGCUGCAAGGUUGCCAAGCACGGAAACAGAGCUGCCUCCUCAGCAUGUGGAUCCGCCGACGUCCUUGAAUCAAUUGGCUGCCAGAUCGCCAACGUCAAGCCCCAGGAUGUGGCCCCACUCUUGACCGACCACGGAUUCUGCUUCCUCUUCGCUGUGACCUAUCACCCUGCCAUGAAGAACACCAGCAUUCCCAGAAAGGAACUCGGCAUCCCCUCCAUCUUCAACCUGAUGGGGCCCCUCAGCAACCCUGCUAAGCCCAAACGUGUCGUUGUUGGUGUCCAUUCAAGGAGCCUUGGAAACCUUAUGAUCAGAAGUUUGAAACUGAUGGGCUUGAUCAGCGGCAUGGUCGUCUGCGGCGCCAAUGGACUUGACGAGAUUAGUCCCGAGGGCGAGACUCACGUCUGGAAGUUGGUUGAUGGAGAGAUUGUAGAGGAGGACAUUUCGCCUGCUCAAUUUGGACUUCCCUCACACCCACUCACAUCUGUCAGAGGAGGCGGUCCUAAAGAGAACGCACAGAUUCUGGACGAUCUUCUUAACAACAAGUUCAAGUCGCCCGGACACCCCAUCCUGGACUUUGUACUCUUGAACGCCGCCGCCUUGUUGGUCGUUGCAGGAAAGGCCGACAACUUCGAGGAUGCUGUCACUAUCGCAAGAGAGAGUGUCGAGAGUGGACGAGCCCGUCAGGUGCUUGAGGGCUUCAGACGCGACAUUGCUGCCUAA